CCAAUACGUUCAAGUUCGACCUCUUUAAAUGAAGCAUCAUUAAGAUUUUGGACAGUUCUCUUGUGGCUUCUAAGAAAGUGAGGUUUCUUUGCAGAACAUAAAGAAAUUUUUUUUUCAAUAUGGCAUCAUUUGGUGAAAAUUCCGGAACUAUUAGGUUCAAAGAAAAAUACCGACGAAAAAGUCAAUAUCAUAGUGAUACUACAAUGCAUUCUUUCGAGAAAUCUACAAAAAUGGAAUUGUCCGUAGAGAAUGGAAGAACCAAAAGUGGCAACCCUCUGAAUGAAACAAAUACUGAUGCAAAUAACGAUCAAUCAAUUUGUAAUUAUUCAUCGACAAUUACUCAACAAUCAAGUAAAGUGGAAAUUAGGAAAACAUCAUACGAAAGCAUCACUUCCAUGCAUUCAGCAAAUAAUCCAAAAGAAGUGCCCCAAAAAUUGUGUAGGGUGAAGGAUUUUGACUUCAUGAACUCCAAACGGGGAAUGAUUGAAAAUAAGAGAGUUCUACAAAACUUAAAUGAAGGUGAACAAUCUAUCAAUAUUCGUUCAAAAAAAAUAUCAACGCUUCAAAAACAAAACGAAGUUUGUUCAACAAAAGCUAAUACGCAGCAAAGUUUUCGAGAAAUGUCUGUUGAAACUUUUGACAAAAUGCUUAUGAGAUCAAAACAUUUCUGCCAAUUAGCAAAGGACCAAACAAAAUUAUUGGAAAAUCAAAAAAAAUUGGAAAAUACAAUGAAAAAGAUUCUGAAUGAGCUACGAUCUGCACGGCGAAAACCAGCAAUUUGCAAUAAAGUAGAAGGAGGAAGUAAUCAAACAACAGCCAUGCAUAAAACUAUUCAAAAGAGGCCUCGAAGUGUUUCGAGUGAAGGUCAUUCAAGCAAAAGAGGAAAGGAUAGUCAUUCAGCAAAGAAAGCCAAAACAAUGAGUGACUCAUUACAAAAUUUAAAUGGAAAAAAUCGAACAUCAUUUAGGCAGAAGAAACAUGACCAUAGCCUGGACUCCAAAACAAAUCGCGAACAUAAUGAUAAACUACACUCAAAAGAACAAACAACACUAAAGCAUAUUCAAUGUAGACGAAAGACUAUUGAUUCAAAAACCAUCGAAAAAGAAUCUAAAAAAAUGAUGAACAACGAAAGUCCUUAAGCAACAGAACACAUUCAAAAGAGGAGUUAAUAUCAAAACAAACUCUAUACAGACGAAACACUAUUGAUUGUAGACUGGCUUUAAAGUCUCUUGGAAAGAACACCAAAACAGCUGAUGAGAUACACCCAAAAGAACAACAAACGUUAAAAUCCAUUACAAGCAGAACUGAUUGUAGUGUGAUCUCACAAACGAUUGAAAAGCAAGCCAAAAAGUUUAAAAAUAUAGAUAAAACGUUGCAUUUCAACAAUCCAGAUACAAAAUAUUGUAAGAUUUGCAAUAAAAGGUAUGCAAAGAUUGUCAUUCAUUACAAAAUGUGUCACAGUGAUGAGGAAAUAGUCGCUUCACGACUUUCAGCACGUAUGGCCGCAGAAAUUCAAAGUCAACGACCACAUUCAAAAAUUGCUAUUUUAAAAAAGGGCCACAAAAAAUUGGUGAAAGCAAAAUGUUUCUUUUGUGAAGAGGAGAAACAAUUUUCAAUAUACUAUUGGCCGAAUCAUUUACAUUCACAUACUGGAGAAUACCGAAAUAAAUGUCGUGUUUGUAGUAUGCUUUUUGCAUGCUCAACCGUACAUUGUGAUAUGAAGACAGCUCGAAUUGAUGAGUUCCGAUUGGAUGAGGAAGAUUUAAAUGCACAUCUAUGUUUGGAUUGUAAUUUUGUUCAAAUCGAUAAAGAAAACAUGAAGAAGCAUUUGGAAAUUCAACAUGAAUAUAACGAAGAUGUUUUAGAAAGUAAAUACAAAGCUAUUACGCUCUUAUCAAUAAAGAAUCAACUGAAACAUUCAUGUGAAGUUUCAUUGAAUUCCUAUUUGGCAUUGAAAACGUUAUCAUGUCAAGCGCGACCAAUUGAAGACAAAAAUAACUUUCGAGGUUGGUGUUUACAAGGAGCUAACGCAAUGAAUAUGGUCAAUAAUGGUCAUCCUUCUCAAAAUAGUUCAGAAAUUAAAUAUUGGAGAUUUGACAAAGCCAUAAAAGAUGAUCCGGCAGAAAGAGAAAAACUAUCGACCAUUAUUCCACAUUUUUUGCAAACUAUGAUCCACAAAUUUAAAGUGAAAGAGUGGAUUGACGAUUAUUGGACGAAACCAGGCAACGAUAAUGGUCUACUUGGGCCAAUUUCACAAUUCGCAUUAUUCAAAUGUAUGCAUUCUCAAUGCCUAUUUUCAACAGGCUGUCAAGAUGAUAUGGCGGAACACAUGAAAUUACAUCUUACAUUAAUUGAUAUUUUACGUUGUGCUAGUUUGUUGGAUAUAAAAGUUCGUGAAGAACAAAUAAAAUUCCGUGAUUGUUGCUACUGCAAUUUGGAAGCAAGUUCAAAUCACGAAUUAUUAGAACAUAUUGUGUCUGAUCUUAGUGAGAGCAUUUACCAAUGCAAGUUUUGCUUUUAUCGUACAGUUGAAGUUGAUAACAUAUUGAUUCAUGAUGAAUCUUAUCAUUCAUCAGAACAACGUGAGGUUUACAUUUGCAGCGAAUCACGCGAUAAAUUAAAAUCAAGAGAAAGCUCAUUGAAUUUUACACUUUUGUACAUUGGUAGUACACUCGAUCAUAGAUCAUAUAAAUUCUUCAAAUUACCAAAUGAGAUUGACUUAAGUUGUAUGGAUCCAUCUUUAUUGGCUUAUAAAGAUCAUGCGAGUCAACAAAAUUCACUUUCAACUGAAAUAGUGCAAUUCACAGGAAAAUUACCUGAAUUGAAACUAAAUUUUAGUGGAACUUCCAAUUUCUUUGUCACAUACGAAGAAUAUUUUCUAUAUGAGUCUAUUGAAGUUGAAUGCAAUUUCCGGACAAGAAAAGAAGAGAAUUUCAUGAAACACAUGCAUAAAAAACAUUCAAAAGCAGCAAUCCAUUACAAAAUUCUCGAACAAAUUUCAGCCAAAACAGUGCCUCAUUGA